UUUNGAGGAACUUGAAAUACAAGAAGUUGGAGUUGAAUGACUCGUUAUUCCGGCAAAUGAUGAUGAACUCGAAAGCGUCCAAAAAACGGCGUCUGAAGCAAGGAAUGAAGGACAAAUACGAUGUUUUCAUGGUGGAAGGAUCACGUUUGCUGAGAGAUGCGAUCGAAGUCGGUCUGGAGCCGCAAGCAGUUUUCUUUUCUCGGGAAUCUGACCUGAAAUCGUGUUUCACUCAUUGUCCACCAGUCAUUGAAGAAAUCAUGGAGGGUAAAAUCUAUAAAGUGCCGUACAAAACGAUGCAGACUUGGUCUGAUGUAGCGUCAUCCCCUGGGAUUCUCGGUGUUUUCUUGAGGAAGGAAGUCAACAAAGUUCUGGAAGACAUGGAAAAUUCUCCGGAAAUCAAGGAGUUCACGGUGAUCAUGGACAAUGUUAGGGAUCCCGGGAACAUGGGUUCAAUGUUGAGGUCCUGCGCUGCUGCGGGUUGUCGACGGGUGAUUUUGACAAAA